UGUUAGGCCUCCCUAUCUACCCCAACUUCCUUGUUUGGUUGGCAUGUUAGCUAUCUACCUGACCCGGAUCUUCCAUCCCACGACCCGACUGAAACGUAGACACGGGAAACCAAAAUGCAGAUAACUCAAUCUCUAGUUUAACCUGCGAUAGGGAGGAAGAAAGGAGCUUGAAGCUUUGGCAUUUCACCCAAUUGACUUCCAUACCCCUGACCUUUAUUCUCCAUUCACUCCAUGGAUCGGCAAAAUUGCAGCACAAUCAACUAGCACUUGCUGUAUCGCGACGCGUUCAUCUACAAAAUUGGUUUGGGUCGAACAUCGUGGUUGCCGUUGGUGGUCGUCUGAAUUAUAAUUUCAUAAUGGGCUUAACCAAUUUCUAUGUAUAAAUGAUUUAGUCGCUACUCGGAGACUCCGCCGAAUCGAAUUUCGUGAUUCAUUCGUCAACGGGAUGGAGACUGUUGGAACUCAUGUUGCGAAUUCGGAAUUGAAGUCCAGUCAUCGUGAUCACGUUUCGCAUCUUUCUCUUGAUAUAGGAGGUUCUCUAAUAAAGAUGGUUUACUUCUCAAGUGGCAGUAGCUCCUCCUCCUCUGAUGAUGAUGAGAAACACAGCUAUUUAAAGGAGGGAAUCUCACUUUGAAUGAAAUGAACUCAGUAUAGCCAAACUUUUCUGGGAUUGUUGUGGUAGAUUGUUGAAGGUUUAGAUUAGAUGGCCCGGGAGAAAACUAGUGCAAAUCCAAGUGAAGAAAAGGCUAAUGAACAUCCUAAUUUUCUGGCUCAAGGAUUGCGUAAUUUCACCUCAUACUUCCCGAAGAAUGUUGGUUGGUCACUGCCCUCACUUUUACUUGAAGAAUGGAAGUUCAGUUCUUGGUUUGAGUUUAUGUGCCUGCCUUGUCUUUGAUGCAGCAGUUUAGUUUUGAAAAACAAUGAGGAUAAAAUCGGGAAUGCACACUUGUAUCUCUAGUUUCGUAAACGCAUACCAAACAGCGUGUUUAUGGAGGUGGGGAUAUGUGUCUGUGCAAACAAACAUAGGCCAGAGAUUGCUAACUCUAUCACUAAACCUGAUAUUGGAUAUUACAUCUUCUUAACCCAUGUUAGGCCAACAUGGGUAACAAACGAACCCUUAAUAUAAACACACACUCCCACCCUUCACCCAAACCAAAAACACCAGAAGCUUCCACAGCAAGCAUCAAUGGCGCGCAGCAUCCACUUCAUCAAUCUCCUCCUCUUGCUCUCCAUCUUCACCAUAUGCAAAUCAGAUGAACCAGAUUGCGUUUACACGGUGUACGUCAGAACCGGAUCGAUCAUCAAAGGCGGCACCGAUUCGUCGAUCAGCUUAACCCUGUACGACGCGGGCGGGUACGGGAUCCGGAUCCGAGAUCUGGAGGCGUGGGGCGGGCUCAUGGGCGCCGGAUACAACUACUUCGAGAGAGGGAACCUCGACAUCUUCAGCGGCAGGGGCCCGUGCCUGACCGGGCCGGUCUGCGCCAUGAAUCUCACCUCCGACGGGUCCGGGUCGGGUCACGGGUGGUACGUCAACUACGUCGAGGUCAGCACCACCGGAGUCCACCAGGCCUGCGCGCAGAGGAAGUUCACCGUGGAGCAGUGGCUAGCCACCGAUACGGCGCCGUAUGAGCUCACUGCGGUUAGGACUUUCUGCUCCGAGUCGUAUGGGAAGAGAGGCGGCGGCGAUUCGAGGCUUGUGGCGGUGAUGUGAUUUGAUGUGAGAGAGGCCGGGUUUUAUGUUCGGGUCGGGUUUCCCGGCCCAGGAUUUGUGGGUUUUUGAAAAAUGGAUUGCAUCCGAAUUGUGAGUGUGGGUUUUAGUUUUUGUUGGAGGGAAUAAAUGAAUGUGUGAAAGGACGGGAAUGACCUUAUUGUGUGUGAAGGGAUUAAUUUGUUGCGUGAUUUCGCGAGGGGUGAAAUGGUCCGUUGGUCAAAGUUUAUCCAAAUGUUUUUUUGUUCAAGAUCUAUGAAAACGAAAUCUUGGUGAUUGAUUUCAA